AUGGCUAAGGUCACUUUCAAGAUCACUCUUACUAGUGAUCCUAAGCUCCCAUUUAAAGUGUAAGUCAAUUCAUUAACUUCUUAUGUUUUUAGAUUGAGUGUGCCAGAAAACACUCCUUUUACUGCCGUCCUUAAAUACGCAGCAGAGGAAUUCAGAGUGAAUCCUGAGACCAGUGCCAUAAUCACUAACGAUGGAGUCGGGGUAAAUCCUUCCCAGACGGCGUCCAAUAUCUUCAUGAAACAUGGAAGUGAACUACGAUUAAUACCGCGGGACAGAGUUGGUUCGUUUUAA